AUGGAGGUCUGUGGAUCUCAAGAGUACAUGCAAGCGUUAGAAGAAGAACUCAAAAAAAUCAUGCUCUUCCAGAAGGAGCUCCCUCUCUCUCUGCAACUUGUCACCGAUGCCAUUGAUACAUGCAGACGACGAAUGGCAACAGAGAGGACGGGCAGCGGAUCUGAAUCUGUAGAAACAUCUUCUGAAGGAGGGCCUUUUCUGGAAGAGUUCAUCCCCAUCAGGAGAGGUUCAGACUCCCCACAGGAGCAAGACGACAAGGAAGCUGAUAAACCAGAUGGGUCUCAUCACAAGGACAAGAAGGCUGACUGGUUAAGAUCUGUUCAACUGUGGAGUCUGCAAAAGGCUGAAGCUUCACCAGAUGAGGUUGUCGAUUCGAUUGAGAAACGAUCGAAUUCUUCCACCAAGAAGAGGGAUGCUUCCGUUUCUUCUUGCAAAGAAAAGGGAGCUCCAUCUGGUAUUGCUGCUGCGAUGGCUGAUCAUGGCGGAGCCUUCGAUGCGGCGAGAUCCGUGACGAAGAGUGUUGACAAAGAAGGGCAACUGCAGAAGAAGGCGAGGAGGAGUUGGUCACCGGAGUUACACCGCCGGUUCCUUCAUGCUCUUCAACAACUCGGUGGCUCACAUGCAACGCCGAAGCACAUAAAGCAGUUAAUGAAGGUCGAUGGUCUCACCAACGAUGAAAUCAAGAGCCAUUUACAGAAAUACCGUUUGCACACGAGACGGGUGGCGAGCCCAUCUUCUCCGAUCAGCAACUCUCAGCCAACACAGAUUGUUGUGGUGGGCGGGAUUUGGUCUGUACCGGAGCUCGCAGCAGCAGCAGCAGCAGCAGCAGCAUCUUGUGUCCAAACACCAGAAGCUGCAGUGGCUACGAUCUACACACCUAUGGCGGCAUCAUCAACAACAGCACCAGCAACUCCGGCGCGGCCAUGGUUUCCCAAGACGAAGAAGAAAAUGAAGGUCCACAGACGCCAUCAGUACAUGCAGGCUCUAGAAGAAGAACUCAACAAAAUCAAGGUCUUCCAAAGCGAGCUUCCUCUAUCUAUGCACCUUGUCAACCAAGCCAUUGAUGCUUGCCGGAGACAAAUAGCGAUAGAGACUACGGGCUAUCAGUCUGAAUCGGAGGAAACAACUUGCGAAGGAGCUCCUCUACUCGAAGAAUUCAUACCCAUCAGGAGGAAUUCAGAUGACAAUCAGGAGCAGGAUCAUCGUAAGGAAGAAGAUAAAUCGGAAGCGAGUCAUGACAGAGGCAAUAAGCCGGACUGGUUAAGAUCUGCUCAACUAUGGAAUCAGGACCCGGAAACUUCACCAACAGAGGCUGUGGAUUCGAGCAGAAAAUCGUCAAGUUCAGAGACGAAGAGGGAUGCUUCUUCUAGUCCUUGCCGCAGAGGAAAGAGAGCUUUGCCUGCUACUGCUGCUCUUUCUGAUCCCUCGGCCUCUGCGGCGGCAGAAGGCCAUGACAAAGAAGGGAACCUGCAGAAAAAGGCAAGGAGGUGCUGGUCACCGGAGUUGCACCGCCGGUUCCUUCAUGCUCUCCAACAACUCGGUGGCUCCCAUGCUGCUACACCAAAGCACAUAAAAGAGUUAAUGAAGGUCGAUGGUCUCACCAACGACGAAAUCAAGAGCCAUUUACAGAAAUAUCGUCUGCACACAAGGCAAUCAAGUCUAUCUACACCAGUGAGCACCUCUCAGCCAUCUCAGUUUGUUCUGGUGGGAGGAAUCUGGGUUGCACCACAAUACACAGCAGCAACAUCUUGUGGCAGAGCACCUGAAGUUUCAGCUGCCACAAUCUACACACAAGUGGAAGCAACAGUAACAUCACCAUCAGUUGCAUCAACAACACGUUCAGCGGCUCAAACGAAGAAGGCAAAUGCGAGCUCACAGCAGAAGUCUCCUCUUGGAGCGUUGCCAUCAGGUAGAAAUGGCAGCAAGAAAUUGCAGAGACCUAUUGAACACCAAAGUUCCCCAUCCACUUCCUCUUCCCAUACUACAAGCUUCCUUGCUUUAUGAAGUACAGGGAUAGAAGCAGUGCACAUUUGAUAUGUACUUGUAAGCUCUUGUAAUGAACACGUAAUCAGAUUCUACUGAUCCGGAAUUCGAGAUUUUGGUUUGUUAGACUGACGAAAUUAGACCAGGAUUCGUCUUCCCAAUUUAUGUAGUUGGAUCUCAACAAUUUAUAUCCUAAUAGAGAUGGUGAAACAAAGCAAAAUUUUGGAUACCAAUGGGCUUGA